UCUAUUUCUAAGUAUCUAUUGUAUACUAGUGGUGAUUAUAAUCAUUCAUCGUUGAAAAUCUCUUAUGGAGGAUUACUAUAUCUAAUUACCUAUUACUUAAUAUCUAACUAGAUUUUCCCUGAUUUUAUUUACUGUUGAAUCAUCUAUCAGCUGGUAUUCGGUGCUCGAAUGUGGCAGUCUGUAAAUCUCUUCAAACUCAUCCAGUUGCGCUGGAUCUUGUGUUCCGAUAACAUUAAACGUUGACUUAUACACAAGUAUAUUUUAAUAUACUUCUUUUUACAAAGUCAAUUGGAAAAAUGGUGGAUCUUCCGCGAUACACGUUGAAGGAAGUGGCGAAACAGGAUGGAAAGGAUGGAAACAGAGUCUGGAUAGUGAUCUACAAUAUGGUGUACGAUGUGACUGAUUAUAUGAAUAAGCAUCCUGGAGGACCAGAAUUGAUCGAAGAAUACGCAGGUCAGGAUGCAACCAGAGGAUUCGAUGACUUUGGCCAUUCUAGUGAUGCUAAACGAUUACUGAAGAAAUUUCUUGUUGGCGAAUUAACAGAACAAGACAAAAUAAGCAACAGAAGCAAAAAGGGUAGAAGUUCUAACGAAGGAAAAGUAACAUCGAAAAAUGGUAAAAGAAGAUUUUUAUCAGUAUUAUGCGGAAAAUGUACGACUUGACCCAAAAAGAUAACCAGAUACCUGAUGAUUAUUGUUACAUUAAUUUAUUUAAUUUUUUUCCGUUCUUUUCUGUUUUUUUUUUUUUUUUUUUUUGUACUACUAAUAUACAUGUACAGCUAAUUAUAAACUAUAAUAA